CUCUGAGCGUGUGUGUGUGUGUGUGUGUGUGAGAGAGAGAGAGAGUAAGUGUGUAAGUAAGUAAGUAAGUAAGUGUGUGUGUGCGUGUUUAAGGGCUCUCUCUUUCCGCAGGGAGUGUGUGUGUGUGUGUGUGAGCAGCAUGUUGGCGCUGAUUAACCGCCUCCUGGACUGGUUCCGCUCGCUCUUCUGGAAGGAGGAGAUGGAGCUCACACUGGUCGGGCUGCAGUACUCCGGGAAAACCACCUUCGUCAACGUGAUCGCGUCAGGUCAAUUCAGUGAAGACAUGAUCCCCACAGUUGGCUUCAACAUGAGGAAGGUCACCAAAGGCAACGUCACAAUAAAGAUUUGGGAUAUAGGAGGUCAGCCUCGCUUCAGGAGCAUGUGGGAGCGAUACUGCAGAGGAGUGAACGCCAUCGUGUACAUGGUGGACUCUGCUGACCGGGACAAGAUCGAGCCGUCCAGAAACGAGCUGCACAACCUGUUAGACAAACCUCAGCUUCAAGGCAUUCCUGUUCUCGUGUUGGGCAACAAGAGGGACCUCCCGAACGCUCUGGACGAGAAGCAGCUCAUUGAGAAAAUGAACUUGGCAGCGAUACAGGACAGAGAGAUCUGCUGCUACUCUGUCUCCUGUAAAGAGAAGGACAAUAUAGACAUCACACUGCAGUGGCUUAUUCAGCACUCAAAGUCCCGGAGGAGCUGAGAGGAGACGCCAGCGUCUGUCCUACGUCGCGCCCUGCAGCCAAAGCCCCAGCCUGUCCUCCCUCUCUCCCUCCCUCUCUCAGAGUCACAACCGGGUCCGAACACGACUCGCAUACUGCAGAUCCCAGAAUCAGCCUUCGGCACUGCUUCGAGCUUUAGUGUAGAAGCCAUUUUUAAUGUAAUGCCAAAAGUCUUUUCAUGGACCCCAUAUCCUGGCUCAAAGCACAACACAACCACUCGAACCCUGCACUCUUGGUCUAUUCCUUGAUGGAUUCUCUCUCUCUCUCUCUCUCUUUCUGAUCCAGGGGUCCUGUUCUCUCACAACGAAACACUAAACGCACCUUUCGGGGGCGGCCCGCGCUCCAGUCAGAGCCAUGAUUUGAUCCAAAAAUCAGCAGGUUGUUUUUUUCUUUCUUUUGCUGAGGACCAAUUUUUUUAACUUUUUAUAUCAAACGCUUAAAAUGAUGAAGCAUUAAUAUAUAAGAUAAUGGUUGUGUUUCAAUCUUAUAAACACUAUGGAGAUUAAGAAGCAGCAGCAGAUCAUUUAUUUAAUGCUUAUUUGGAGAUUAAAGUUAUUAUGCGAUAAGGUCGUCUAAAAAUGUCCCUGAUGUGAGCACAGAGCGAACACAUGAUGUGCGUCCAGUGGGUUGUGUCACGUAAUUACGCCAGCUCUAUUCCAACAGCAACAGUUUGCAUUAUUACCACAAGCACAUAGCUAGAGAUUUAAAAUUUGUGUUUUUGCAUUUUGCUUGAAUUUUUUCUUUCAGUUCAACAAAAAAUUACAAAUGACAAACUGCCGCUUUAAAAUUGUACAAAAUGAUUAAUCGCCUAAAUGCAGUUUCCAUUAUUAUUGCCACUGAGUGUUGCUUUUAAGGAUUGAACAUCUAACACAUAGAAUCUGUGCGUACCUCAAACACACUAACUACAUUUAAAAAACACAUUAUAAGUAAUAAUCAUAAUAAUAAUAAUACUAGUAAUCAGCUAUAUAUGUGCCUUGACAGUUUCUUUUCCACUACAGCAGAGAAAUGUAUCUCGACACACAGAUCUUUAACAGCUUUAAUGUUUUCCAGCAUGACGGUUUCAGUUGCGAGUCUCAGUGCCUUAUUUGUGAAUGCAUAUUAAUAUAAUCAUGCUAUCGACGUAUAAGGUUGAUAAUGCAAACUGCAGAUGUAGCAAGGUGGGAUUAAAGGUGCGCUUUGUAAUUUUAACAAAGCCCGUUUUAUUCAUAUGACUUUGCGAAUAAAAAAAAAAGAAAUCACAGUGUUGCCAUGCAGUGGCUCUCUCGCAAAAAGCAUUUUGGAAAUGACCAAGCAGACACGCCCCUUCCCAUAAUGCAUUUCACGGGGUAAGUGGAGUUUGGGCAGAGGGAUGCGGUCGUAUUCUGCUGCAGUUGCGGUUCAUCUUGCAAGACUACAGACAGUUCUUUAAAAAAAAAAAAUCACCUGUGAGUGCUUCAUAAAAAAAUUCUAGCGACACGGCCCCUUUGAGGCAGCGUGUUCUUUCUUUUUUAAUUGUUUUUUCCCUACAUAGCUCUAAAUUCAUAAGAGCCUAAGAGCUGAAGGAUUACUUUAUAAAAAGCACAGUGCUUUUUUUUUUUUUUUUAUGAGAGAACAGGACCCUCUGUCUUAUUUCCUCUGUUUAUCACUCUCUCUCUCUCUCUCUCUCUCACAUCCCUCACACUUGUACACACCCUAAUCUCUAAUUAAUCUCCAGAGUGACACUCAAACCCUGUGCCAAGUCUCACGCCACUCUCACCAUCGUCUCACCACCUUCAUAAUUUCGGACGCUUUCAGGUGGACGUUCCCUCUCACUCUGAAACACUAACGCGCUCGAGCAAACCUCCGACCUUCUCCUGUCCAUCAGCAAAACGUUCUCCAUCCAAAAAGUGAUGUUACAUGACGGAAAGAAAGCAGUUUAUUAUUGUGCAAGUCUCUGUGACGCCGUCACGUCCCUGUGUGUGCUUUGGACUUUAUCGUGUAGGAACAAACAAACACCUGCCAGAGUGAUCGUCUUCUCAGCCUCUGUAGUGCAGUUAAAGCUUGAUUUGUGACACAAUUAAAUUGGGGACAAAUUGA